AUGUUGCCAAUUCCUAGCCUGUCAACAUUGGCAGCUCUGGCCCUCGGGGCCUCUGCUGUUGUCGCCCAGAACGUGCAGCAGCGUCAGCCGAAUAUCGUCUUCAUCUUGACUGACGAUCAGGACGAACAACUCGGCUCUCUUGACUACAUGCCAUCUGUUCAGAAGAAUUUUGUCAAACAGGGGACAUACUACCGCAAACACUUUUGCACGAUUGCGAUUUGCUGUCCGUCUCGUGUCAGCUUGUUGACGGGCCAGGCGGCGCACAACACUAACGUCACAUAUGUCACUCCCCCUCACGGUGGCUACCCUAAGUUCGUUUCCCAAGGAUACAACGACAAGUAUCUCCCCGUCUGGCUCCAGGAUGCUGGCUACAACACGUACUACACCGGCAAGCUCUUCAACUCUCACUCCACUGAGAAUUGGAACAAUCCAUUCCCCAAGGGCUGGACUGGUAGUGACUUUCUCCUGGACCCCAACACGUACCUGUACUUGAAUGCGACUUUCCAGAGAAACCAGAGCCCGCCACAGACAUUCCCUGGCGAGUACAGCAAUGACUUGGUUGCCGAAAGAGCUCUCGGCUUCUUGGAUGAUGCUCUAAAAUUCAACGGCAGCAAGCCCUUCUUCUUGGGUGUUGCACCAAUUGGUCCUCACAACAACGGACUUGGCGGCGAGACUAGCGCUGGUUCAACGCCGCCCAUCCCUGCGAAAAGGCAUGAGAACCUCUUCUCCAAUGUGACGGUUCCUCGUACUUACAACUUCAAUCCCGACAAGCUCAAUGCCACCGAAAUAGCAUACGGUGACAACUACUACCGUCGCCGUCUCCAAACGCUGCAGUCCGUUGAUGAGAUGGUUGACGCCGUCAUCAAGCGUCUCGAUCAGGCCGGUGUCCUCGACAAUACCUACGUGAUCUUCACGUCUGACAAUGGCUUCCACAUCGGACAGCAUCGUCUCAAGCCAGGAAAGACUUGCGCCAUAGAAGAAGACAUCAAUGUGCCCUUCCUGAUUCGCGGCCCCGGCGUGCCAAAGGGCAAGACGGUGGACUUUGUCACAACCCACACCGACAUUGCUCCCACGAUUUUCUCGCUUGCCAACAUUACCCUGCGUGACGACUUUGAUGGGUCUCCCAUUCCCUUCUCCGAGGAUGGAAUCCAAAAGGCCGAGAAUGACCCCAAGCAUGACCACGUCAAUGUUGAGUUUUGGGGAACUCAACGAGGGUAUGAUGCAUUCGGAGGUGUCUCUGCGAACAACACAUACAAGGCUAUGCGCGUUCUCGGAGACGGGUAUAGCUUAUUCUACUCGGUUUGGUGUAGCAACGAACGCGAGUUCUACGAUAUGAAGAAGGACCCAGGUCAGAUGACCAACCUUGCCGGAAGCGCCUCGGGCCAGCUCCUCGAUCGUCCGUUGUCCGUCGUUCAAGACCGUCUCGAUGCCCUUUUGUUGGUCCUCAAGAGUUGCAAGGCCGAGACCUGCAGGCUUCCAUGGAAGCACAUUCACCCAGAAGAUGGCGUCGAGAACCUCCGGGAUGCACUUAAUGCUAAGUAUGACGACUUCUAUGCUGGGCAGCCCAAAAUCUCCUUCUCGGACUGCAAAGACUUUUACGACAUUGCUUCCGAGGGAGCACAGGACACAUUGAUUUACUACGACCCGUGA